ACCUUAUCUCAGCAAGAAUAACUUAGAAAAAAGGGAGACAGUUGGACUUGGAGCUCAGAUCGCUGCUGAAAGCUCACUCUUGAGUAGUGUUUGAGUCAUAAUGGAGUCCUGGGACGUUUGAAGGGCCGGAAAGGACUGUUUCGAUCAUCCAGUCCCACCCUCUGAUUUUAUGCAGGAGGACACUGAGGCCCCGGAAAGAUAAGAUAACUAGUUCGUGGCCGACUUUUAGGACGGUAGUCUAUCCGUAGUAGACAACUCGGGGAAAGAAAUACGACGUUUUUAUCGUGAAUUACAUUGUACAGAGGAUAGUUUCCGUCAUACCCAGAAAAGGUACUAGCUUUUGACGAGUGUGCACCAUGCGUGAGUAUAAGCUGGUCGUUCUCGGCUCGGGAGGCGUUGGAAAAUCUGCUCUGACUGUACAGUUUGUUCAAGGAAUUUUUGUUGAAAAAUAUGAUCCUACAAUAGAAGAUUCUUACAGAAAGCAAGUUGAAGUAGAUGCACAGCAGUGUAUGCUUGAAAUCUUGGAUACUGCAGGAACGGAACAAUUUACAGCAAUGAGGGAUUUGUACAUGAAAAAUGGACAAGGCUUUGCGUUAGUUUAUUCCAUCACAGCACAGUCCACGUUUAAUGAUUUGCAAGAUCUGAGAGAGCAGAUUCUUCGAGUUAAAGACACUGAUGAUGUUCCAAUGAUUCUGGUUGGUAAUAAGUGUGACUUGGAAGAUGAAAGAGUUGUAGGAAAGGAACAAGGUCAAAAUCUAGCAAGACAGUGGAACAACUGUGCAUUCUUAGAAUCCUCUGCAAAAUCAAAAAUAAAUGUUAAUGAGAUCUUUUAUGACCUAGUGAGGCAAAUUAACAGAAAAACUCCCGUGCCUGGGAAGGCCCGCAAAAAGUCGUCGUGUCGGCUGCUUUAAUGUACUGAAUGCAUUGUAGCUCUGAGCCAGGUCUGAAGAACUGUUGCCCAAUUCAACAGUGCCAGCAUUCCAACUUUGUUAAACCUACCAACAUCUUAAAUGGACUUUCUGUGGUGGUACCCUUUAAGAGGCGGAUGAAAGCUACUACAUCAGUUUGCACAUUCUAAUCACUUCCCAGUAUCACAAGAGAGAUUUUUACUUAUAUAAUAGUCCUAGAGUAUGCAGCUGGUAAAACCAGAGGCUACGAUCCAGUAUUACUGCUAAGAGACAUUUUCAUCCACCAAUGUUGUACAUGUAUGAAAAUGGUGUACUGUAUACUUUACACGCCCCAUACUUUGUAUUGGAGAGUACAAUAAUGUAAAUCUUAAAAGCACCACUAUUUUAGCAUAAUAAAAGAAAGUCCAAAGAGCUCCUAUAUAGACUACUCCAGAUAACUUCGCUUCUUUGAUACUUGUAGCUUAUUGUAAUUUUUUUUAAGAAAUUCAAGGUCAUUAUCAUUGUAUUGUACAAAUAAGCGCUUUGAUUAACACAGCUAUAUAGUUUUUUUAAUUUUUAAAAAUCCUGUGGAGACAGUGAUCUUGUCUUUAAAAUAUGAUAGUCCUUUCAGUCUAAUGUCUUAGAUUAAAGACGUUGCCUUUAAUAUCUGUUGGGAAGGAAAUGUCCAGACUUUUCAAAUCUCUUAUUAUAUGUUUCCUUUUUUGUUUACAUAGGGAACAGUGUUUAUAGUUGUGUGUACAGUGGGGGUCUACAACAAGAAGUGUAUAUUUUCAAACAAUUUUUUAAUGAUUUAACAAUUUUUGUAAAUCAUUUUCAGGCUUCUGCAGCUGUAGAUUCUCACUGUGAAUCCCUUGCUUGCUCAUGCAUAAGUGUAUUUGCAAUACCAAAUAUACAGGUUUAGUAUUUUUGCCUGUUAGUGAUUGUUUCACAUGUGUAACGUUUUGGUUGAGAUGUUAAAUGGUGGACGAGUACUGUGGAUGUGAAUGUGGGAAGUAAUUUUAAUCAUGUGUAAUUGGUCACAAGGCCUGAGUUGCAGUAAUAUUGCUGUUUUAUUUAACAAUGCCUUGUUGCUUUGUAUGCAUUAACGUUUGGGUGUAAAGAUUGUGUGUCUAUCCAACAGGGAGCCACAGUAUUUAAAUUGACCAACCUGAUGUUACAACUCCUUUGAGGUGGCCAAAUGUAAACUAAAAGCCUUAAUUAAAGUGGUGCAAUUUUGUAUAACUAGCAUCAGUAGUUCAAUAAAUUUGGAUUGCCAUGCAAGGGCUUGCAUUAUAA